AUAUAGAGCUGUCUACAGAAGAAAAAUGCCAAAAUCAAUUAGCUGGAACAGAAAAGAAAAAACUUUUUAACAUCUGCAACAAGAUUUAGGUGAGUGUUUGUCUACAUAGCCCGGGAGGAGAGAGAGGAGGGAAUCUGAAGUGUAUAUUGAUCUAGGGUUUCUCAUCGACACAUACCAAAUCUCCAUGCUUUGAACCAAGCGCACAACUGAUCCUGUCUUUUAUCUCUUUCAUCUCAAACCAAAAAAGUGAAAUGAUCCCAAGUAUAGAGGGCAGUGGGAAUACUGACAGGGAGGAAGAGGAAGAGGAGGAAGAAGAAGAAGAAGAAGAAGACGGUGAAGGAGAAGAGAGUAAGAUUUCAAGCAAUACUACAGUAGAAGCUGAGGUUAAUAAGAAGACGAAGGUGAGGCCUUAUGUGAGAUCUAAAGUCCCUCGACUACGGUGGACUCCUGAUCUUCAUCUCCGCUUUGUCCGUGCGGUCGAGAGACUCGGAGGUCAAGAAAGAGCAACACCAAAAUUGGUCCGACAGAUGAUGAACAUCAAAGGGCUCAGUAUUGCUCAUGUCAAGAGCCAUCUACAGAUGUACAGGAGCAAGAAGAUGGAUGAUCAAGGUCAAGCCAUAGCUGAUCACAGGCAUUUCAUGGAGACUUCCACAGAUCGGAAUAUUUAUAAACUAAGUCAGCUACCGAUGUUCCGAGGAUAUAAUAUGAAUUAUAACCAUGAUUCUCCAUUCAGAUACGGAAGUAAAUUUUCAAAUGCUUCAUUGUGGAGCUCUAGCUCCCACGAAACAAACAGAAGUUUGAUAGAUAGGCCCGGUUCAAUUUGCGGCUCGUCGGUUAGCAACAACAUCCAUGGUAGUGAAUAUUUGACUAACAACAGGUCUUUCCAAAACAAUUUCUCUUCUAAAAUUUCGAAUCACUUACCAAAGUUAAGAUACAAUCAUCAAGAACGGACGAACUUAGCCACAUUCAACAGCAUUCAAGGACAUUCAAGAGCGUUUCAAAAGUUCGAGACUGGUAAUGAAGAGAGGACCAAUCAUGCUUAUUGCAACAAGACAGCGGGAAAAAGAAACGCAAGUACCAGAAUUGACCUUGAUCUCUCUCUUAAGCUAAGAGUACCCGAGGAGACAGUUUUGGAAGAGACAGAAACAGCAGCAACAACAACGGAUCAAACGUUGUCUUUGUCGUUAUGUUCAUGGAAAAAGAGCCGGGUGAUCAAGACGGAUGAAGAGGAUCGGACGGUUAAGAUUGGACAGGCAAGUACUCUGGAUCUGACUCUAUGAAUUAUAGGUAAGAAUGGGACAAAUUCUAAGUGAGAUCCUGAGGUACUUAUCCAAUAAUAUCUUAAUAUCAGUGCCUUUGUUGUUAAUUAUUUAUGUACUUUAUUUAGUAUUAUCAGAAAGGAAACAAAAAGGUCUAAAUAUAUAAACGUUUUGAGUUUGUUUGAUACCGCCAAUUUGUAUCAUCACAUAUAUAUUAAAAACGUUACUAGCUGCAUGGUGAUUCGAUUC